CUUCAGAGACAGAUCCGCUCCUACAGAGAAUUGCACUUCCCUCCUUUCCUCCUCCUCCCUUCCGAAUGAGACUCGGUCGCAAAGAAGUGGCUCGGAAGAGAUGUGUCCCUACUUUUUGUUUGCUGCACACUUUGUCGGUUUUCUGCACACAAAUAACUCAUUUUUCGCGUACGCAAUGCUUCAUAAGUUCUCAGUAGCGACAGCCAACGAAAAAAGAUAAAACUGAACAACAUAGGUUUUGGAUGAAGCUAUCAAGAACAGAGCUGGUGAAGAAGCACUGAGCUCAGUAAACCGCAAGGAAGUAGAUACAAAAACAAAAGAAGGGUUCGUCUUCGCACUUUUCCUCCCUCCCGGAUAACAAGACAGAAAUUUCUCUCUCGCUUGUUCCUCUUACUUCCAACAUGGACGCUGUGAUCCCUUCCGGCGCGCAGGUGCGCGUGGGCUACAUGGGCUGUCCGGGCUCGGCGACGGAGGACGCAAUUCUGGAGCUGUUUGAGGAUGCCGUGGUGCCGGAGUCCGCGCCCGCAGGCUACGCCGACUUGUUUGAGAAGCUGCUGCGGGGCAGCGGGCGCACGGGCAGCAUCGACUACGCCCUGAUUCCCAUCGCCUCCACCCGCGGUGGCGCCCACAAGAACUGCGAAGCCGUGGUCCGGGUGCACUGCGACAAGCUGGUCCUGAUUCCCGUGUCGCUGGUGCUUCCGGUGCAGCACCACUUGCUUGUCCAUCCGGAUUUCUUCAAGGAGGGCAACACGAGCGCCAAGGAGCUCCGCAUCAUCCGGUCGCACGCCCACGCGCUGGAGCACUGCCGCGACUUUCUGGAGUCCCUGAGCGGCGAGGGGGCUGAAGAUGUUGGUGCGAAGCGGGCGAAACCCGUGCUCCAGGAAGCCACCUGGACGACCGCCGCAGCGGCCAUGCGGAUCUCCGAGGAGCACGACGCCACCGCGGGGGCGAUUGCCGGCACUCGUGCUGCCGAGAUUUACGGGUUGAAAGUCCUCCAGCACGACUGCCACAAGGCGCACUCCGCCCGGGCGGAAGAAAAUGUAGUUGGGGAGGCGAGUUGUGCGGAGAAGGGUUUUGGGAAGGAGAACGCCGUCCGCUUUCUGCUCGUGAAGAAGAAGGGUAAAAAGAAGCUCGGGAAGGACGAGAUUCUGCUGACGAGUCGUUUGAUCCAGGAGAUGGCGAGCGCCGCCUUGGCGUCGCAAAAGUGCUCCUCCGGGUUUCCCGCCCACCAGUCCGCCGAGGGCAAGCAAAUUUUGAAAGCGGAGCUGGAACUGUGUGCGCAGGCUAAGUUGCUUGGCCCAACGUCGCACGAACAGCCGGGGGCUUCCGGCGAUGAAGACCAGGACGCGCAAAUGGAAGAUAGCAGCAUUCCCCGCCUGACGAGCAACGUCAGCGGCAAGCUUUCGCGCAACGGAAGCGCGAUCGGAAGUGUGGUGGGCGACACGAAUGUGGACCCCGCGGUCCAGGUGGUCUGCGACCUGAUCAUCGAACGCCUGCGCAUUGUCAAGCUGAUUGCGCGGUGCAAGUUCGUGCAGAGCAAAAUAACCAACAAGGCCACGACGGUUGUGACCACCAAGUCUUGCUACGUGCCGGAGGUGGAGGUGGCCAACCUGAGCAAAAUCGAGGUGCUGGCGCAGGAGAUCAACCUGGUGCCGGCGGCCUACAUGGUGGUGCAGCAGGUGCAGAUGGACGCCGCCAAGUUGCUGCAGGAGUUUUUGUUCGAGCGGUGGCAGCGCGGGGAGGACCUGGCUGACAAAGCCUUGCUCGCGGACGGGGACGUCGAGGCGGACCAGCAGCUGCCGGUGCACCGCGCGAAACUGCAGGGGCUGGACGCCGAGUUGUGCGGGAAGAUCGCGCGCGCCGUGCCGGUGCUUUUGUGCACCUCGGCAGACGCGAUUGCGCGCGUGCUGGACCAGGGUGUGGCGGAGGUGUGCGGCGUCCGCAGCGACGAGUACGAGGUGGCCACCGACGACAGCAAGGGCAAGAUCGAGGCGGACGCGGUGUGGAUUGUAAAAAUGUCUGGGUCUGGAAGAGUGAUGCUGUUUUUGCAUGACACAAAAGGUCUGGCAUGGAAGCUUUAGCAUCACAGGUUUCGAGAAGCUUCCGCAAUGCCGAAUCCGCAUGACAAAUCCCCCAUUUUGGUGAGAGAAAGUGGGCAACUUUUGCUUCCUAUACAUGAGAGAUUUUUCUGUGUUCGGAGAUGCGCAUCACAAGUUUGUAUUCUUCCAGACCCAGACAUUUUCGCAUUUGAUACGCGGUGCUGCGGUACGACCGCAUGCUCGCGCAGGCGUUGCACGCGCUCGCGGCCUAUCAAAUGCAAAAAUGUCUGGGUCUGGAAGGAUGUAACCUGUGAUGCGCAUUUCAGAACACACAAAAAUCUCUCAUGCAUAGGUAGCAAAAGCUGCCCACUUUCUGUCACCAAAAUGGGGGAUUUGUCAUGCGGGUUCGGCAUUGCGGAAGCUUCUCGAAACCUGUGAUGCUAGAGCUUCCAUGUCAGACCUUCUUUGUCAUGCAGAAACAGCAUGACUCUUCCAGACCCAGACACUUUUACAUUUGAUACGGCCCAGCAGCACAUCUUCUCGCAGCAGCCCGGUCUGGUGCUGGGCGCCGUGCUUGGCGGAGCGGCGGGCAGUGCUGGUGGUUGUACUACUGUUCCGAAACCGCUCUUGUCCUGCACGACGGGGACAACGGCUUCCUCCUCCAACAACACGAUCAACCUGCUGGCGGGCGUCGACAAGUCGGACGUCGAAACGCUGUCGCACAAACGCGGCCGCUCGGACAAGGCGGAGGAGCUGCAGGCCGCCAGCAAGAAAACGCGGGUGGAGGACGGGCAGCCGGUAGUUCCUGCGGGAGAGAAGAAGAAAAGGGUCGCGGCGAGCAGCACGUUGCCGUCUCCGCUGGAGAUGUGCAACCUGAUCCGGGUGUCGGCGGACGUGAAGCAGAACGUGAUCGAGGCCGCGCGGACCCAGUGCCGCGCUAUUCUCCACGACGUGAACGACCCGCGGCUCGUCGUCAUCGUCGGGCCCUGCAGCAUCCACGAUUUACAGGUGGCGCACGAGUACGCGCAGUUUUUGUCGCAGCAGCAGCUGAAGUACCAAAAUGAACUGCUGCUGAUCAUGCGGGUGUACUUUGAGAAGCCAAGGUCGACGGUCGGUUGGAAGGGGUUUUUGAAUGACCCCGACCUGGACAACAGCUGUGACAUCGCCAAGGGGCUGCGCCAGAGCCGCCAGCUGCUCGCCGACAUCGCCUCGAAGUACAAGCUGCCGUGCGCGACGGAGUUCCUGGACCCGACGGUGGCGCCCUACCUGUGCGACCUGAUCUCCUGGGGCGCCAUCGGGGCGCGCACCACGGAGUCGCAGAUCCACCGGGAGAUGGUGUCAAAUUUGCCCUGUCCCAUGGGCUUCAAGAACGGCACCAGCGGGGAUGUGCAGGUGGCCGUGGAUGCGGUGGUGGCGGGACGCAAGGACUACCAGCUGGUCGGCCUGUCCGCGAUUUCCCAGUUGCAGACCGAGAAGUUCUUGUCGCAGCAGCAGCCGUUGUCCCACUCGAGGACGGGGAAUAACAACAAUAAUACCACCUCCGGUUCCACCUCCGAAGACGACAGCUGCAACAGCCCGACCAAGUACAGCAUCAUCCGGACGCCUGGCAACCCGGAUGCGCACGUGGUUCUGCGCGGGGGCAAGGCCACCGGCCCAAACUACGAGAAGAAGUUCGUGGAGGAGGUGAUCACGCUCAGCAAAAAGGCGUCGGAUCUGCUGCCGAAGAAGGUUGUCAUCGACGCAUCGCACGGCAACAGCAACAAGAACUACAAGAACCAGUCCAAAGUGUUGAAGAACAUCUGCGAACAACUGGCGGAGUCCGCCAGUGCGGGUUGUACUUCUAGCGCUGAUGAACAGAAAAAUUCUACUCCUGCUUACCAAAUUCUGGGCGUCAUGAUCGAGAGCAACCUGGUGGCCGGAAACCAAAAAGUGAACGCCUGUCCCUUCGAGUACGGCAAAAGUGUGACGGAUGAAUGCGUGGACCUGGAGGAAACCAAGACCAUGCUGCACGAUCUGGCGGAAGCGGUUCGGAAAGUGCAGCAGAACAAGAAAUAAUGUGUACUUAGUCGAAAUUCGUGUAGUACGCGAAAGGUCCUUCUCGUAGCGGUAAAAUGUGAUUCGGGGGCCCGGAGAAGCGACACCUGACGUCGAUUUGACUUCUACGUAGUACCCAUUUGUGGGCUCAACGGGGCUACGUGAAUCAUCGACAACGCAAUUCUGAAUGAUGCGCCGGCUGUUUGAUAGGCAUUUCAGUUUUGCCGCACCAAGAAGGAGGGAAAAAAUCCGUGCGUGUUGAAGCAAAAUAAUGCUAGUAGCGACAAACAAUUCAUUUCGGCAAGCAAAAAGAGAAUAUAAGCACUUCGAACGAAGCAUUUAUUGCGUGACCUAUACACAAAGUAGAUCUUUCGCGCACCUCUUGACCUUUUGACCAUUCAUAGUUACCGAGACAAACCACGGCAGGAUGCACGAAGGCACAAUUACAACUUCAUUUUUUCAAUUGAUACCGAGCGAUGAUUUUUACCCCAGCAGAAGACACAGAAAGCUACAUUAUGUGCAAGAAGUCAUUUGGAUACGGAUACCACGAAUAUCGAAGCGUUUUCAUGACAGUCUUUGGCAUGAUCAGGACUCCUGGCAUAUUCACGGUGUUGAAGAGAAAAAGAAAGUGGAUGCGGAGAGGCACCCGACUAAUCCGUACGCUCAUUUUCAUUUUCUUUGAACCCAGGCUCAUAUUAGCGAAAGAUUG